AUGGACAUUCCAUACUACCACUACGACCACGGCGGAGACGGCCAGUAUCUUCCGCCGGGUUUUAGAUUUCAUCCGACGGACGAAGAGCUCAUCACUCAUUACCUCCUCCGCAAGGUCCUCGACGGUUGUUUCACAAGCCGUGCCAUUGCAGAAGUUGAUCUCAACAAGUGCGAGCCUUGGCACCUUCCCGGGAAAGCUAAGAUGGGAGAGAAAGAAUGGUACUUCUUUAGCCUCCGUGACCGGAAAUAUCCGACGGGGCUGAGAACGAACAGAGCAACGGAGGCUGGUUACUGGAAAGCUACCGGAAAAGACAGAGAGAUUUACAGUUCAAAGACUAGUGCACUUGUUGGGAUGAAGAAGACUCUUGUCUUUUACAAAGGAAGAGCUCCUAAAGGAGAGAAGAGUAAUUGGGUUAUGCAUGAAUAUCGUCUUGAAGGAAAAUUCGCUUACCAUUUCAUCUCCAGAAGCUCCAAGGACGAGUGGGUGAUCUCUAGGGUUUUCCAGAAAACCGGUUUAGCCAGCACCGGAGCCGGAGGAACAAGUGUUAGCGUAAGCAGCCGUACCGGUGCGUCUAAAAAGACGAAAAUACCCUCAACCAUCUCAAGAAACUACCAAGAACAACCAAGCUCGCCUUCCUCCGUCUCACUCCCUCCUCUCCUGGAUCCGACCACAACCCUCGGCUACACCGAUAGCAGUUGCUCCUACGACAACACAACCGUCACAGCCACCGCAAUAACCGAGCACGUGUCCUGUUUCUCCACUGCCACUACUACUACUGCCUUAGGCCUUAACGUGAACGUUGACUCAUUCAACCAUUUCACACCGCCUGCGCCGGUUGGGUUUGACUUUGACCCUUUCCCUCGUUUCGUCUCUAGAAACGUCUCGACUCUAUCUAACUUAAGGUCGUUCCAAGAAAACUUCAAUCAUUUUCCUUACUUUGAAUCGUCUUCUGCGUCGACUAUGAAUUCCUCCGUUAAUCUGCCUUCUUCCUAUGGUGGCUCCGGGAUGAAUUACUGGCUACCGACGGCGGCUCAAGAGAACGAGACAAAGGCCGGUUUGCUUCAUGCUGGACUUGACUCUCUUUGGAACUGA